AGUUUCCAAUUAUCAAAGCAGAGUUAGCUCUUAUCUUCACUGCUUGCUAGGAGAGCAGAAAUAAUGGGGUGCGUCGAGCAAUCAUUAAGAGGAGAGACUUGUCAGCAUAAUGUGGCUGCUAAAUGUUGCUCUGUUACUGUGGACACUAGGCGCUCAUUCGUUUGCUCAAGAAAAGUAUGAGGGAAACGUCUCAAAUAAUUUCAGGACUGCUUUAGAAGCCAUUUGCCCUUGCGAGCACGGAUAUUGCGACGAAAGAGACGGCUCCUGCACGUGUGAAAAAGGAUGGUCUGGAUUGCACUGCGAGAGAUUUGCUCGAGAAGAGCUUUGUCAUGGCGGAUGCGGCCCGAACGGCUUCUGCAACAUAUUAUCAGGAAGCUGUGGCUGUGGAACCGGCUAUUAUGGGGAAAAGUGCGACAUUGAGUGUCCUAGAGGAAGAUACGGCAUCAAUUGUGCUUAUGAGUGCAAUGAUCAUUGCACAUUUAAUUUUCAUCCUAACAGCCAAUACAACAACUUAAAUUUUGAUGAAACCAGUUUUGGAUCUUGUAGCACACAUACAGGAAGUUGUAUUUGCAGUGGCCUACAAUACCAGUCUUUGACAUUAUAUAGAGCAUGUGUUAGAAUGUGCGCGUUCGGAAAGACUGGCUUUCGAUGUCGGGAAUUCUGUCCACUUGGCACGUUUGGCUACAAUUGUAAACAAAAAUGCCUGAUAACUGUUGGUACGAAUGGGACGUGUGACCCAACAUCAGGAAGAUCGAUUUGCAAACCUGGAUACAGGGGAGUCUUUUGCACUGUGCAGUGUCCAAGUGGCACAUACGGCCCAAAUUGCAGGAAAAGGAAGAAUUGCAAUAAUGGCGAGGCAAACUUUAUUACAGGUGAUUGUCAGUGCCUCCCAGGAUGGACAGGAGUUUUGUGCUCGGAGCCGUGUGCGAACGGAACCUUUGGCCAAAACUGCUUGAAAAAGUGUUUCUGCGUGAACGGAAAAUGCGACCCAGCCAGUGGCGACUGCACGUGUUUCCAGGGAUUUUCUGGACCAGGCUGCGAGGAGCCCUGCGCCCAGGGGCGCUGGGGCCAGGACUGCGCGCACGAGUGCGGCUGUCUGAACGGCGGCGGGUGCGACCCAAAGGACGGCGAGUGCGUGUGCGCGGACGGGUUCGUCGGCGCCAAGUGCGAGCUGCCGUGUCCGCAGGGCCGCUUCGGCGCCAACUGCAGCGAGGAGUGCGAUUGCAAAAACGGCGGCGAGUGCGAUGCCCGCACCGGCGAGUGCUCCUGUCCGGCCGGUUGGACGGGCGACGACUGCUUGGAGGGCUGCCCCGAGGGCUUGUACGGCGAGGGCUGCGGACUGGUGUGUCUGUGCGAGAACGGGGCCACUUGCGACCCGGUGAACGGCACCUGCAACUGCACGACCGGGUACAUCGGAGAAUUCUGCAGUGAACCCUGCUCGGAUGGCACCUGGGGUGUGAACUGCGCCAACGAGUGUCAGUCUAACUGCACAAACGGGGGGUUUUGCUCAAACGUCGACGGCAGCUGCCUUUGCCCGGAUGGAUGGAUAGGGAGGAUAUGCGAGAACACUUGUCCCCAGGGGAAAUACGGCACCGACUGCAGAUUUUUUUGCGAGAUCGACUGCCACAGUGGCUUUUGCAACCACAUAAACGGGAGGACGUGUGAAUGUGGUAAAAACUAUACAGGAGACUCUUGCGAAACACCUUUAUUGAUAAAUCAAGUCAACAAUCUUCACGUCUUUUUGGUUACGACUGCUGCUACAGUCUUUAUCAGCGCGCUGAUAUACAUCGUAGUGACCUUUUUCAAAAAAUAUGCACUGCUAAAUUUUUCCGUCAAAACUGGAGGAUGUGUAGAUGAACCUAGUCUUACGUAUCAAUCUCUCAGGGACGAUGCAAAGCUUUUAGCACAAGAUUCUGAAGAUACGAAUAUAUCAACAUAAAACGGAUCUAUUUCUGA